GCAAUGAAUGCCGAAAAGUUGAAGCGCCUGGCGCAGAUGGUGCGCAUCGGUGGCAAGGGGACUCCACGGCGAAAGCACAAGCACUUGCACCGUUCGCACGUUGAUGAAAAAAAAGUGCAGGCUGCAUUUCAAAUGCUUUCGGUGACCAGCAUGGGCUGCGUUGAGGAGGUGUCCCUGUCCAUGAAAGAUGGCAGCAUCAGGCAUAUUUUGGAUCCGGUAGCGCAGGGCUCUUCGCUCGCCAAUAUGCAUGUGUUCAGCGGCCAAGUAGUCGAUGAACCAGCUGCAAAGCUCAAGGAGCGCCAGAAGAAGACUGGACAGAAGCCAAAGGUGCCCUCGAAGACAGUAUCCUUCGGGCCACAGAAGGAGGAGCAACAAGAAAAGGCCUUCAAGUCCAAGACGGACAAGCAGCAGAAGGAUGGGGCCGAAGGCGAAAUGCAGAAGAGCGAUUUGAAGACUAUACCCUUAGCUACUGAGGCAGCUUGGAAUCGUGCUAUCCGGAAGACCCCAGCUCCCUUCUUGCUCUCUGCCAGGGGCAGCAACGAAAAGAACGAGGAGUAUCAGAAUAUGUUGUUCUUCUUUCAGCCGCUCAGUCUAGGCAGCGAUGGGACCAGCUUCUCCAACCAGCUGGAGAGCGAGGACGACUCUGAGAACACCAAGCCGACUUCUUCAGACGAGUCAUCCAGCAAUGAAAGCGACGAUUCGCUCAUAUAG